AUGACAACACUUGAGCAGAAUGUGGUUGACCUCGUCAAGCCUUUCAUUGAGGAAACUCGACCUGCCUUGGAAUCGCUACUCGUUGAUACAGAGCAAGAGAUCCCCAUAUCAUCGCUGCCACCCGAGUUGCUUUCAGAAAUAUUUAUGCUCUGCUGCCAACCCAAAUACAACGCCAUCGGAGGAGUGGAUAGUCAGGCAAUAUGUCCUUUGCGCCUUGCUGCCGUCUGCAAAGCAUGGCGCGACCUGGCAUGGACUACAAGCCGCUUGUGGUCCGUUAUCAUCUUAAUGUGGUCACACCCUUGUGCUUUCCAUCUUGAGGGAGUUCUAGAUUCAUGGAUUAAACGAGCAGGAGCUCAACCCCUUUCCAUCCGUUACGAAGCACAAAGCAAUAGCCUGCUAUCCCGUCUCAUCCAAGAAACCUCUAAAUGGAUGAACGUUACAAUCAAGUGCCCCCCUUCAAAGUUCUGCUCCGCCAUCGAAACAUACAACUAUUUUCCACUCCUCGAACAUCUCUCCAUUCGCGUUCGAGUCGGUUACUAUGAUCCUGCCAGUUCAAACCCAUUGCACUGUCUGGACGAUCUUGACAUCUUCAACUGUUCAAGUCUGCCCAACAUAACUCGUUUGCAUGUACCGGGUCACCUACAGUGCUUCAAACCCAACUUGAUGUGGUCGCAGCUCAGAACGUUCUCCGUGAGCUGCAUUGACAGCGAGAACCUGUGCAAUAUCUUAGAUCUUGCUAAAUUCCUUGAAGUUUUCAGUGCGACGUUUCUUGACUGGGCAUAUACCAAUGGUGAUAUUCUGCAGACUGUCAAUCACUCCUACCUCCGAUGUCUGGUUUUCAAGGAGGUACCUUCAGGCAAAAGUUUGAAUGAACUCCUAAGCACACCAAGUAUCAGCACUCCCAACCUCGAAGAUCUCACAAUCGAAAUGAACCGCGGGCAUGAACGUCCCGACCCAAACUCCACUUUUCUAUCCAAAUUUAUCACCUCUUUGCAUCAACUCCGGCGAAUCAAAGUGAAAUAUUAUGAUACUCAUGAUCCAAAAUGGGUUUUUCAAUGGCUUCUAAAUAUUCCAUCCCUUACAGAACUGGAUGUUCAGGCAUCCCCAAGCGCAAUCGCAAACAUCGUUUCUGCUUUGGGUAAUCCCGCAUCUACAGAGACAACAACUGAAUAUCUUCCUUUGCUUGUUAAUCUUACGAUUACUCAAUGGGACAAUCUCAUAAUGAAGGACAUUCCAGAGAUGCUGGCAUACAGAUCCUCUGGAGUUUCUCCCUCCAUCUCAAGGCUCAAAAGUGCUUCGUUACAUCAGAUCUCUGAGUCCUUUUCUCAAGAGGACUUUGAUGCCUUCCAGAUGGCAUCCCUUGGUGACCUGGCGUUAAAAAUGAUAGACCGAAAAGGUUGUCUCAAUCUUGGUACACCUUACUCUUCUCAUCAAUUUAAUCGGCAGGAGCUCACCGCAUCUGAGCAAAGCGCGAUGGAUUUGUCUGUUGAGUUACCAGAAAGAUAA